AUGGAAGGUCCCGGUGCUCAUGACCACCACCAAUACGCUAUUGACGAGGUCACCUACCCGCCCAGUCCUGGUUGGUCAAUGUCGGAGCCAGAACUACAGACGCAAGCCGUCAUUCCAUUACAGCCAAUCACCGUGGAGCCUCGCCCGCGCCGCCUAGACUUUUUCAGUCUCCCUUACGAGCUCCGCCUAGACAUCUACGAACUCCUACUCCUCAACCCGGAGCCCAUUAUCGUGUCGAGCAGCCGCCGCCAGCUCCACGUCAAAGUUGAGCCGCCGGAGCACCAAGUCGCCUACCUACGGGCUCCCCGCCCGAGACCUCGCGUCGUAUCGCUGACCCAUAGGAAACCUCACGUCGAGGUCCUACGGACAUGCAGGCAGAUCGAACAAGAAGCCACCCCGAUACUCUAUGGCCGCAAUGACUUCGUUGUCGGAUUGAGGCUACGGGCGACGCAGAGCCACCGGAUGGACCCCUUUAUCCAAUAUCUGCGUUCAUCGACACUGCUUCAGCUCCGCUCAGUCACAUUUCGGCCGGGCUGUUGUUGUGAUCAGUGGCUCAAGUCUCUUGGUAGCGGCCAGAAUGUCGCAAGCAUGAUAAGCCGUAUGCAGCUCAUUGAGCAGAGAGAUCACCAGCAAGUAUUUUGGGACAUCGAGACAGCCCUGUGGCAGAAUGUUGUGGGCAAGAGCAGAGUCUGUGCCUUUUGCCAUACCACUACUGGGGAGCGGAUGUUCAUAUAA